GAAAUAAUAUCGAAACUUGAGACAACCUGUACCGACGAAGUACCUCAAUCCGCGAAACCAUUCUCUUGCGAUGGUAGUAGAGAUGGUAGGGGACCAACUACAAGGAUACCUCUCCAACACUCUACUUACCAGUCGGUCACAUUUGCCGGUGACAUUACCUCGUUUUACACCUUUAGGAUUACCUGCGCACCAAUUACUCUUCAGUAUAUACCGGGACGUUUCGAUAAGUAGUACCGCAAAAUGAUGGAGAAGGAAGCACAACCUGAAUCGAUGGCGACGGUCACCAUCAAGCCUGAGUACAGCCCUUCUGAGUACUCUGCGUCUGAAGCACCACCGGCAUACAUGAAACCUCGCAGUUCCUCUGUUCAAAUCGCCAAAAUCAUAGCAGCAACCGUCGUAGUUUGUUCCGUCAUAUUGGGAGCCUUCUUGCUAGCUUCUGCCUACGUCACAGCUAACGCUUCCUGUAGGCAGCUGGAGCAGGAAUUGGAAAUUCUCAGCGAAGCAGCAGAUCGAUUCCAAGGUCCAUUACAACCCGAAGCUCUGAUUCAGGAACAACCUGUAGCAGUAGCAAAUGCCAAACGUCAAAUUGAACCUCUCCAUGCCGAUGAACCAACACCCACUACAAAAGAUCUGACCAAUCACAUUGAUGAUGACUCAUCCGAAAGUGAGUCAGAUUCUGAUUCUGACCCUGAUUCAGAAGAACUACCAAGCAAAACAACUUCUCAAUCAAAGGUACCUGGACAAAUGGACAUGGAUGAGUUGAUCUCUCAUUUGAUGGAGAAGAACCAAAAAUCAAAAAUGAAUUGUGUAGUGGAAAAAAAGAAAGCCGAAGAAUUCGUUGACCACCAACCUAAGACCAUUAGGUUGCCUUUUGGCAUCAAUUUAACCACCAAUCCUAGAUUCGAAAAACUUACUGGAGAACGUAUGGUUAUUGUUUGCGAAAGUGGAACCCUUCAGAGUGCUGAACGUCCCAACAAACCAAAAGAAGAAGAUCCAGAAGACCAAGAUGAAGAAACGAUCAUGAUCCAACCAAUGAUGAUCCCAAUUCCCCACUCUCCGUUCAACACCCACAUGCCCCAACAAAUGAUACCACCGAUGCCUCAACAACAACGUCAAGACCAAAUGCGUCCAAUGGGACCAGCAGUUUUUCAAAUUGAAAACAUGAGGCCACCAUUGCCGCCCAUGAUGCAACAACAAGAUCAACAAAUGUCCGUUCAACCUCAAAUCCAAAUCCAUAUGGAGGCCCAACAACCCCAACAAGCACCAAACGACUUCCCACCCAACCCAAUCUUACAACACAUCGUCCAACAAAUUGUUGCCCAAAAAAUCAUCGAAAGCCAAAAAAUCCGUGAACAGCAAAUGAAAGAACAGCAAGAACAACAGCAACAGCAACAACAACAACAAAUUAUUCCUCAACAAACGAACCAACCAGAUCAAACUGCUGAUGCGGAAGAUCGUCCACGAUUUGUUCAAAUUGAACAAAUGGGACAAGCUGGACAGAGGUUGCCCAUUCCCGAAGAAGUUCUUACGCAGUUGCAUAGGUUGCCAUUGCCUAACCGUGUCAUAGUGGCUGUAUCAGAAACCGAUUCCGAUGAAGUACCUCAGCAGGACGUCCAAUUCGUCCAGGAGCAAAGGCACAGCGCCAACGAAAUGAACGGAAGACAAACGUAUGCCAGAGGUAUUCCUAUUAACAUCCCCGUGGCCAUGACGCCCCAGGAUCAAGAAUCUCACGAACAGGAAAAACAGGAAACUGAUGCCAGACCUCAUUAUCUUCAGCCAAGAUCUGUAAGUGUGUGAAGCGAAACAUUUCGAAGAAGAUGAACUUUUGUGAUUUAUUUUUAUUACCGGAAUCACAUACUUACCAUUAAUUAUUAUAAUAUCACAUAAGUAGAUUAAUAGUAUCACAAUAAUUAUAUUAAUAUUUACCGCUUAUGAUUAAGAUUUCUCUAAAAAUGUAAAUAUUAUAUUUGGGUAGGUAACUUUGUUGAUGUUAUGUAAGGAGUAACCAUUAAAAGUAAAAGUAGAUUUUUUUUCAGUUUAGUUUCUGGUUUGUUUGUACAUAAGUUAUACUUUCAGGUUAAUGUAUUUUUUUGGUAAAUUGUGAUGAAUUUAUUAUUGAAAAACAAAUUCAUUGUUUAAAUAUUGUGUGGUUGACAAUAAAUGAAAUAUAUUUUCUUAUUUCUUU